GGCUUUUCUCAACUACCUUUUGGAGAAAUUUUCACUGGUUAAAUGCCUAAAAUAAAAUGACAGCAAUGGCGGCUUCUGAUAAAUGCACUAAGGAUAAAUUGUUAUCGUUUUUAGAGGAUCUUGAAGUACUUUCAAGGGAACUUAUAGAACUAUUAGCCUUAUCCAGAAAUCAAAAACUGCCCCAGCCAGGAGAAGAAAUCCAGCUCUUAGAGCUCUUGAUUCAGAGAGAUGGAGAGUUCCAGGAGUUAAUGAAGACUGCAGUUGAACAAGGCAAGAUGCACCAUGAAAUGCAAGUUUUAGAGAAAGAGGUGGAGAAGCGGGACAGUGACAUCCAGCAGUUACAGAAGCAGCUGAAGGAUGCAGAACAUAUACUGGCAACAGCAGUUUAUCAAGCAAAGGAAAAGUUAAAGUCAAUAGAGAAAGCAAGAAAAGGUGGUAUCUCAUCUGAAGAACUAAUUAAAUAUGCACACCGGAUUAGUGCAAGCAAUGCUGUUUGUGCUCCGCUGAAUUGGGUACCUGGUGACCCUCGUAGACCAUAUCCUACAGACUUGGAGAUGAGGAGUGGCCUUUUGGGUCAGAUGAGCAACUUGCCAACAAAUGGUGUUAAUGGCCACCUACCUGGCGAUGCUCUUGCAGCUGGAAGAUUACCUGGUAAGUGA